AUGUUUGAAAAAAGAUUGUCUGAAAUCCCCGGACCAAAACAGCAAAAUCGUCGACUUUCUGUCACUUCUAAUGCUGAUACUGUAAAACCUGAAAGUUAUUCUUUCUUUCAUACUUAUGUGGCCUCACCAAUUCAAGCAUUCUUUCAUUCUUAUAUAGUUCGGCCGUCAAAAGAAACCCCUUUAAUAUUUUAUUCUGUCAUAUUAAUCAUUUUGUCAAUCCUACUUCUUUUUGUUCUUUUGAUUACAUUCACUUUAUAUGGGCAUUGUGUGGAUGAUGAAUGUACUACUCCUUCACUAAUUAAUAAUUUUGACAAAGUACCCUCCUCUUCAGAAAUCAAGGAUAAAUCUUCAAAAAAUCAAAAACGUCUCGAUAUCCCAAAUAUCCCAACUCCUUCAAUCCCAGCUCCUUCAGUUCCCGAUGUUUCUUCUAGUGCAGGACCGGCUGUUUCGGCCGUUAGUGGUGCUGUCAACGAUGCUGCGAAUACUGCUGUGAAUACUGCUGAGGAUAUUGCUGCAAAAGCCCAGGAAUUAUUAUCUAAACUAUUAAGCUCUUUCGAUAACUUUAAACCAAAAAGUCCUACUGCUAACAUUUCGGGAUUCUUCUCAAUUCCUUAUCUGUUAGCUUUUAUAAUUAGUAUAAUUUCAUUACCUUUCCUAUACUUUCGUCUUACAAUUAUUGCUGCUUUUCUCAUAAUAACUUCUUCAUUACUUAAUGCUAUCGCUUGUAUUUUUGAUCUCUUACUUUUUGUUUGGGUCUUUGACCUUAUUUCUAUUAUUCCUGGUAUUGGAAGUCAACAUACCGGCCCCGCCAUUUAUUUGGCUAUUAUGAGUGCCGCUUUACUGAGUGUUGCUGGUAUAUUCUUAUGUAUUGGUUCAUGUUGUAAUGCUGUCAGGAGCACCGGUAAAUGCAUAAGAAAUUUAAAAAGUUCAAAAGUUAAUGAUGCUGAACAAGGGAAACCUGGGAAACCAGGAACACCUUAUAAUUAUUUUUAA